AUGGCGAUGCAAUUAACAGCCACCCUAUUCCUCCUCCCAAUUGGGCUGAGACGCCUCUACUGCUCCUCCUCUCUAUUCCUCAAGACCCCAUCUCUCUUCAAAUCCAAAUCAUGGUACAUCUCCGAUUCCAAACUGAAAAAUCUUGAUUUAUACAUCCUCAUAAUAUCUCUUCCCAUUGCUUCCUUCUCAGAGUUUUUCAUUUUCUUGUCAUUCAACGGCCACCCAACUUAUCAUUUCGCAUUCUUGCAACAAUCUCUGGUUCUUUUUCUUUACUGGGUAUUAACAAUUUUGAUUCUGUUACAUGGUAGUUCCAUAAUUGACCCAUUACUUGUUAAUGAUAGUUUCUUGUUUGCUUGUACUGGGAUUGUAUUCUUUUUGGAGUAUUUAGUUAUUGGUAAAGGAAUUUCUGGUGUUGUUAGUGAGGUCGUUUAUGGGUUAUGUGGUGAUUUGAGUGUUAUUUGUGGGUUGUGUUGUUUGUACUUGGCUGUUAAGCCUAGUGCUUUUUUUGUUGAGUUUUGUUUGUGUUGUGGGUUGGUUUUUAAAGGGACUUGGUUUUUGCAAACUGGGCUGUGUUUGUAUACUGAUGUCUUUGUGUUUAAAGGGUGUCAGAAGGUGGUGGUUUUGGUUGGUAGUGAGAAUGCUGAGGUUAAGUGUGAUCUUGAGGAGGAUGGAUUGAGAGGUGUUGCUUUGGUUAAUUUGUUGUUUAUUGGGCAUGCUAUUGGGGUUUUGCUUGUAAGCUUGGGGAUGUUUGCUUUAUUGUCGAGUGGUAGAGUUUCUAGGCAUGGUGAGACGAGUGGUCCGUUGCUGGCGGGGUUUGAAUCUGAUGGUAAUUCGAUGCGCGCGAUGUCUGAAUUUGAGCUGGAAUGA